AUGGUGAACUCCGGCCUGUGGGCAACAGAAGUAAGAAUGUCUAAGCCCUUGGAACUGGAGAAGGUGCGCCUGGAGCUGCAAGAAGACCACACAGAUACAGAAAGAAAUGGACCUGACACAAACCAUCAGACUCAGCAGAGCAAACCUUCCCCGUUCUCCCCAUCCCCAACCAUCACGGGCACCAAGAUCAAAGCUGAAGACUCUACAGAAAUGCCUCCAGCUCCAGCCCCAGCCCCAGCUCCAGCCCCUCAAGCUCAGCAGCCACACCUACCCCAGGCUCAGCUCAUGUUAGCGGGCAGCCAGCUUGCUGGGCUCACUGCCCUGAUGCCUGCCCAACAGCAGCUGCUCCUGCAGCAGGCGCAAGCACAGCUUUUGGCGGCUGCCGUGCAGCAGUCUAACGCUGCCGCCGCCGCCGCCGCCUCCUCUCAGCAAACUGGGGCUGAACUGCCAGCAGCACAGAGCCAGCCCCAGGCGCCCCAGCUGGCCUUGUCCCAACCAAUCCAGCUCACGGCACAGGCCAAGGACGGGAAGCCAUUGCUGAUGUGGCCUAACCAAUGUUUCUCUCUCUUUCUUUGCAUAGCCCUGGCCAGUGGUGGAAGCCUGCCAAUUACCAGCCUUGAUGCCAGUGGUAACUUAGUCUUGGGUACCACUGCAGGCACAACUGGAAGCCAGAGCAUCGUGACCUCGCCGCUCUUCCUCAACCACGCGGGCCUGCCUUUGCUGAGUGCUGCCCCCGGAGGCGUGGGGCUGGUGUCAGCAGCUGCUGCCGUGGCUGCUUCUAUGCCUAGCAAGUCCCCUACCCUGACUUCCUCCUCCUCCUCUUCCUCUUCCUCCUCCUCUUGUUCCUCAUGCAGCUCCUCCAGUGACAUGGUGCAGACAAUGGGGCAAGCUGGAACUGGAUCCGCCGAACCGGAUGCCAAGACGGAGUGAGGACUCAGGAGCAUCCACGCUGCCUUUUCUGACAUGGCGGGGGUAGCCAGGAGUGGACGUACAAACCGACACAUGAAACCAAAAAAAAACAACAACCAAAAACCAAACCAAAACAAAAAACCCAAGCAAACCAAAAUCACCAAAACCAAACAUAGAAAUGUCAGCAACAGCCAAACGAAAAAAAACAAAAAAAAAACCAAAACCAAAAAAUAAGCAAACAAGCAAAGCAAAAAGGGGAAAAAAAGGAAGAAACCAAAAAAAAAAAAAGUUCCCCAAACCUUUGGCAUUCAUUUGUUUUUCCCCUCUGCAAAAGGUGACAGUCGAUGGUCUGUUUGGUUUUUUUAAUGAUUUAUGUUUUUUUUUCUCAUCUGCUCGUUUCCUGGACAGUAUCAGAAAGGAAACCAAUAAAU